CCAGCUCUCCCUUAGCCUCCUCUCCUCCAGCUGUUGGCUCCACAGUGAAGGCCAACGGGUGAGAGGAACAGACAGAAAAGCAACAAAAGAGACGACGACAGGAGGACUCAGAAGGAGAAGAGGAGGGGACGCAUAAUGAGAGAAGAAGGAGAAGGAGAAACCCAUUCCAGCUGUGAUUCUCCAACAAAUCGAGCCGUGAGAACUUGGAUUUUUCCGCUGAGCGCCAAGGGAACAAACAUUCACUUCUGACAUUCUUCUGUCCACCAUCAGCUGUUUUUCUUUUGUUUCAUAAACUUGUUGUACAUAGUUGAACCCAGAGUUCACUGGAUACAGAUAUUUGUUUUUGGAUCCAUUUGAAGACGAAACAUGAGCGGAGACAACUCCACUCUGCUGGACAGCUUGCUCUUCCCGCCUCUCUGCGACGGCUGGACCAACAACACCGAGGGCGCCAUCUACCAUUUGGGCAACGCCAUGCUGUUCCUGGGCUACAUGGGCGGCAGCGGCGCCUACGGGUGCCUCUUCAUCUUCGGCUUCCUGGUUCCGGCCCACACCUGCCUGACCCUGUGGGGCUGGAUGACGGUGUGCGGCCUGGACGUCUUCACCUGGCACCUGCUGCUGCUGCUGGCCUGCCUGGUCCAGAUCUGCCACCUGCUCUGGCGGCUGAGGCGGGAGGGCGUGCGCGGCGAGGAGCUGACGGCCCUCUACCAGGCGGUGUACCUGCCGCUGGGCGUGCCCGUCCAGGUGUUCAAGGAGAUCACGGGCGCCUUCGAGAACAAGGUGGUGGAGGUGAAGGCCGGGGAGACGUACGCCGUGGAGGGAAAGACGCCCAUCGACCGGCUCUCCUUCCUGCUGUCGGGGAGGGUCAGUGUAUCUUUAGAGGGACAGUUCCUUCAUUACAUUCACCGCCAUCAGUUCCUCGACUCUCCAGAGUGGGAGUCUCUCCGACCAAACGAGGAGGGAAAGUUCCAGGUGACCAUGACAGCAGAAGAAGACUCCCGCUACGUCUCAUGGCGACGCCGGCGCCUCUACUUGGCGUUAUCGAAGGACCGCUACGUCUCCCGCAUCUUCUCCGUCAUGCUCGGCUACGACAUCGCCGAGAAGCUCUACAACCUCAACAACAAGCUCUACAUCAAGAGCGGCGUGCUGCUGGACAUCCGCCUGCCCAGCCUCUACCACGUGUUGGCGCCAUCCUCAACCGGCAGCGAGGGCGGCAGCGGCAGCGGCAGCGAGGGAGGCCUCGGGAAAGACCAGCAGCAGGGAGAAAACCCGGCACCGGCCUUCGAAAUGUCGGAUCCGGAUCAGUUUCAACCGGUCCUCCAGGGACCAGGGACAUCCUCCAAGGACGAACCCGAGGCCCCGAAGCAUGAGCGACAUCAACACCCGUGGGCGUCAGACCCCGACCUGCCCACCGACAGUGACAGUGACGGUGAUCUACCACCUCGGUUCCAGCGAGGCAGAGCUCCGCUGGCUCCGACCGACACUCCCAAACUGUGAGAACAGAACCUCCUGGAAGAACACGACGUUAUCUACAGUGAAGCAGAACGAAUGGGUCACAUGACACUCGUUACGACGCCGACUCCUCCUCGCUCUUCAUCCCUGUUCUCACUUCACAUCAUCUGUCCUGAGCAUGAAGAGAAAUGUUUUUUAAUGUGGUAUAAAAUGAUUUUCUGGUCUGAUUUCAAGUCUCUUAAGACACCAUGAAGCUCGGAAAACCGCCUUAAAAUCAUAAAGACAGCGGGACCCAACACAUUUAUUCAAUAAAAGUGAAACAUCUAGAUAUUUAAUGAUCAUGGCAUUUACAAAAAUCUAUAAUUUAACCAAUGAGAGGCUCUGUAUUGUUUGUGUUUCUGUAGCUGCACUCAGAGACAAACAUCUGUCCGAUUAAAGAUGGACACUUGCAGAUAAACUGUGUCCAACGUUUAAUAAAUUAAUUAAAUUAAAUGAAUAUAUAAUUAAAUUACAUACAAUUUAAUUUAAUAAAAUAAAAUAAAAUCUUAAUUAAAUCCAACUUUAGUGGCAAUGCAACACUGAGGACAGAGGAACGUCCUGAAAUAUUAUUAUUUUUUGUAAUAGAAAUGGAUUCUGUGCCACUGAAGCAGAUGAAUUUGGUUUUCAUCUCACUUAUAUUUGAUGUUAAAACACAUAUGUUUGAUAAGGACUUCACAUGUGUUUCCACAUAUAAGACUCUUGAUUUAACUCAGUAAUGAUCCACACAUUUUCUAGAUUAUACAGAAAAUAUUUAGUUUUGCAUACUUCUCAAGAUCUUUCCAGACACAUAUAUGAAGAGUUUCGAUUUUUUCCAUUUCACUUAAAUGUUUAUUUUAUUUAUCUUAAUGCACCAUCUGGAGGAAAACCUUUUACUUCAUCUUUGGCGAUAUAUUCGAUGCCUGUAGACCAUGUUUUUUAAAAAUGUUUGUAACUUGAGUAUGUAAAUUGAGUAUUUCAUACACACAUGUAAACUGUGAAUAACAUUAUUUGUCCUGUUAUUGACUUGCAAAAUACAGAGAUGGGACUAAAGUGGAAAAGGUUGUUAAGUAUUUUUAUGGGGCCAAGAUUUCUCCAUAAAGCUCUUUGUGUGCAGUGAAAAUGUUGUUCGUUUUCUGUGAGUGUUUACUUCCUGUCAGACCAGACAACACUGAUAGUGAUUUAUCUCCUCUUGAGCUCAUAUUUGAUGGUGGAAUAAUCUGCAAAAUAUUCUUCCGAUGACUGUUAAUUAGUUAGAAAGUAGAAGUAAAUUUAUUUUUGUGUUGAUUUUGGCGGUCCCUGUGGACUAAACUGGUACUGUUUUACCAGACUCCCUUUAGAAAACCUCCCAUUUUACUGCAGCAGGGUCUGACAGUCUGACCCGCUCAGUCCUGGUUCUGGUUCUCCUGU